UCGGAGAGUGAAUCUGCAUUCUAGAGCAUCUAAAUAACAUAUAUUCUCUUUUCUUUGAUAGUCCUUAUAUUCCCCUUGACCUGACUUUUUGUGUAUCCCAGUGUAUCGCACAGCGUACCCUAUCGAUUGGGGCCUGGGAUCGACGUUUCUUACACAUUUUUGAUACACACGGUCAAUUUUGGCGCCCUGUCUUGUGAUUGGCUGAUUUACGUCGGGGCGGGGCUUAACAAAAUGACGCGUCGAAGGCCGGCCCCCACCUGCGCCAUUUAAAAAUUAAAUACCCAGAGGACUGGGAUGCAGCGGAUUCUUGUGCUGUUCUGCUCAUAAAGCCUCAUUAACUGCACCUGUUCACCGGAGCAUGCAGAGAGGACAGGAGAGGAGAGGAGUUUUACUACCUGCAAACCAGCAGCUCAUGUUUAGCUUUUGGAAAGUUUGGCAAGUGUUGAUGCAGCAAAAGAAGACGGGUCACUUGGAAGACUUGUAAAUGACGACCAUAUGACCCUGAAUGCCAAGAUGAAGUACUUCAGAGUGCAAGGGAAGCCCCACCUGUGUUUGUUUGCAGUACGCAACAUACAUCCAGGAGAGGAGAUCACCUAUAAUCAUGGUGACUCAGACUGGCUGUGGAGAUGCAAGGGACUUGAUGAGGAUAUGUCUCAGAAAGGACCUGGAGCCUCUAAUUCCUCAUCCACAAUUGAAGAGAUGAUGACUGACAGCAGCCAGAUCCAGACGACUGCUAGUGACCUGAAUCAGACAAGUCCAGCUCUGUGUCCACCCAACAAGACUGCUGAGAUUAACCAGCAGCAGCUCAACAGGCCCAGUUCAAUGGAUCUGGUUGUCAGCACUGAAAAGUGUCACAAACAUCGCCUGCUGUGCACAACGAUAUCAACAUUUGACAAGUGUGUUCAGUGUGUGGGACCUGUGUCCUCCUUCAAGUGGCUUGGCUAUCAAUGCAGAGAUGAAAUUGCAUUAAGUGACGCUGAGGACAAGGACAGUGGGAGUGAAUCUGAUGACGGCGACACAGCAGUGUCAGCUCCGGAGUGUGGAGCUAGCGAGCCUGUGGAUACCGCAUCAGACUCAACAACUACAGAGCACUUACAUGACACUGGACAUUUAGCAGGAACGAUGUCAGAAGUGUCAUCCACAGUGAAUGAGCUGUCCUGUUCCUUGAAAGGGAAAGAUGCUGGUCAAGAGGCCAGAAGAGUGCUGAAGAAAACCUGGUCAAAGGCUGAGGUUGCUGCAGUAAUGCGGCAUUUCCAUGACCAUGUUCGUGAAGGAAAGCUGGCCACAAAAGACGAGUGCACUCACUGUAAACUGGUGGAAGCUCCUAUCCUAGCACAGAGAACGAUGCAAAACAUACAAGAUUUUGUGCUAAAUCGGGGAGUCGCUGCGAAGAGGGGGGCAGAAAAACAGAAGUGUCUAACAGAAAAGCUUAAGUCUAAAUUAUUGUUCAGUGUUGGUUUUGUUGUCUUUAAUUUAUACUAAAAAAUAAGUGUGUAUUUCUAUAGCAGACAUUUUUCUUUGAAUUAAUUUAUUUUAUACAUAUAUAUUUGUUUAUUGUCAUUUUUUUCUUUAAAUUAAUAGAUUUUAUAAAUGUGUAUACAUGUACAUGUGUAUAUGUAUGUAUAUAUACGUAUGUAUAUAUAUGUAUGUAUAUAUAUCAUUCAUAUAUUGUCAUAGUUUGGAUGUGCCAGCCUGUGUUCUUUAGAAAAUUGCUUUUUUAUUGUUAUUAAAACAAUAAUUCAUAACUGUCCCUUUAAUGCUUUGUCCUGUCAGGUUGUAUUUGUUAAUGAGAAGGCGUUUUAAAGUGACGUCAUUGUCCCUUUUAAAGUCCUUAUAGUGGUUUUUUGGGUCUUUAUAAACCACAUAAGCUGACAGUCUGCAUAAACCACCAUGGUGUUGGGUUUGUAGGGAGUGGUUUUAUACCCUUGACCCAUGCACAGUACAAGCAAUUAGCACAUGUAGACAAGUGAAAAAAUAAAUAAAUGUGUGAUUAAACAGAGAAAAUGUCAAUGUUUCCA